UUUAAAUAGAAAGACUUUAACCAUUUAAAAGCUUAUAACUUUCAACGAUACUGCCAUCUUCAACCACUAGUGUUAUCAACUUCGAAAAAUACAAUCUUCUUCUUCUUGUUCUAUCCUUGCUCUUGUAAUCGAGCUGCGUCCAAAGUAGCCCAGCAACGUAUCAUCGAGAUUGAUCGCCAUUAUGCAUCUCAGAAACAUUAUUCAGGUGGCUACUACAGGCUUCUUUUUCUUCUUCCCUCAAACGGUGUGUAUACUAUGCCGACUAUGUUGUUUCGAGAUACAGUAUUUAACGUGUGUAUGUGUGUCGUCUAGGUCCUUGGGAACCCCGUGGCCUUGUCGUCGCGGUCGUCUACACUGCGACAGGCACGUGCCGCAACAGUCCAGACGGCAGCUGAUGACUUCGCCGAUCUCAGCAGCUACGGCAGCCUAUUGCUCCGCGGGGACUCAGGAUUGGGGAAACGGGGAAUUGCCACGAGGUUACAAAAGAUUCGGUGUGGCAUUAACGGCGGCGGCCUCACCGACUAUGAUGAGGGCAGGAAGAGAUUCGGAUACUUUAUGGACGGCAUCGGGAGCGUGGCACUCAUGGGUGCCAAAUUCGCGUUACAGAACAGAAUCUGUAAUCAUGAGACCUGCGACAUGGUUAUCAGUGUAUCCCUCCAAACGCCUGGUUGGCUGUUGAAGGAUCAGAUCGACGUUAUGUUUGAUAAGGCCUUCGAUGACCUCCGUAAGGAAUGUGCCGACAAGGGAGGCAUGGCCGAGCUCGUCGCGGUGAAUAUCAAAGACAGCGGAGCUUGCGGCAUACCGACCUGUACUGCCGACGGCACGGUGGGGCUCAAACUCGGUUCCUUCGAGGCCCAGUUCUAUCCCCACGAUGGCGGAGACACGUGUCCGGCAAACACGGCUCAGCAGGUCUGCAAGAUAGAAAGUUUUAACUAAGCUGAGCCCAUAAGGUAGCCCGUAUAGUCCAUCUCUAGUUUGCUGGUCGUUCAACAGAGUGAGCGUUCUCUGUUAUACCCUUAUUGAUUUUUCGUUAAACCUCUAUCGAUUCUUCGCUAGACCCCUGUCGAUUCUCUGUCGGACCGUCCCUUGUU